UAGAUUCAUUGAUGGUGGUACUAAAUGGUAUGAAAUAUUGCAUAUUGUUGGUUCCUUAUUGGAUGUAAGCUUCAUAAACGUGAGCGGAUCGGAGAUCGAGUGAAGAAGGGGAGAUAUCAACGUAACUGGAUCUGAUGAAAGAAUGGGCAAUUGGAAACAUAAACUCUGUAUCUGGGGACUUGGAUCCAUUCGGAUUAGAUUGACUCGGGUACCGUCUGACGCCAGAUCCAAAUCCAAACUGUCGACACGUACCCAUCUGUCUCUCUUCCUAUUUUUGCUCCCGAUCAUCCAGUGGUUCUACGGUCAGAAAAUCGCCACGUCAGUGAACUUCUGGACCGACGAUUCUCUCCUUCUCCGGGAAAGCAGGGUCGUUUGUCUACUUCUCUCGAAACCGCGCGACGCCCUCCCGUCCCUUCAUUUGUUCAGGUCUCUGUCUCUCCUCUCUCCGGACCUCUUCUUCGUCUUGUCUGCUUUUCCCUCCCUCAACGCAGCGAGAGAGAGAGAGAGAGAGAGCCGAGGGCAUCCUCUCUUUCUCUGGUGUUGGCACAGGUUGGUCUGCAAUGGAGGAGCCGACGGAGGUGCAGGAGAGGAGGGAGGGGAGGGAUGAAGGGGAGGAGGAGAUGGACGUGGUGUCAAUGGAGAGUAACUUCGAAGACGAGGUGGUGCUGCCGUGGAAGGAGCAGCUAACUUUCAGGGCCUUCGUCGUCAGCUUCAUUCUGGGGACAUUGUUCAGCGUCAUCGUGAUGAAGCUAAAUCUCACCACCGGCAUCAUUCCUUCCCUCAACGUCGCGGCGGGGCUGCUCGGCUUCUUCUUCGUCAAGACGUGGACGAAGCUGCUGGAGAAGGUCGGCAUCCUCCGGCAGCCCUUCACCCGCCAGGAGAACACCGUCAUCCAGACUUGCGUCGUCGCCUGCUCCGGCAUUGCCUUCAGCGGUGGAUUUGGAAGCUACUUGUUUGCAAUGAGCAAAGUUGUGGCCUCCAAGUCAUCGGAAGGUAAUAAUCCCACUAACAUCAAGGAGCCAGGGUUGGGAUGGAUGAUCUGCUUCCUCUUCAUAGUCUCCUUCAUCGGUCUCUUCUCUGUCGUUCCUCUCAGGAAGAUCAUGAUCAUAGACUUUAACUUGACAUACCCGAGUGGCACUGCUACAGCUUACCUCAUCAAUGGCUUCCAUACUCCUACUGGAGCAAAACUAGCGAGGAAGCAAGUGGGUGUCCUUGGAAGAUUCUUCUCCUUUAGCUUCUUGUGGGGUUUCAUUCAAUGGUUCUACACUGCCGGCGAUGAUUGUGGAUUUGCUAGGUUCCCAACAUUUGGCCUCAAAGCCUACGCCAACCGGUUUUACUUCGAUUUUUCUUCAACUUACGUUGGUACUGGGAUGCUUUGCCCUUACAUAGUAAACAUCUCUCUGCUCUUGGGCUCAAUUUUGUCAUGGGGAAUCCUUUGGCCUAUAAUUGACGGUAAGGCAGGAGAUUGGUACUCUGCUGAUCUGCCUAAAAGCAGCCUCCACAGCCUUAAUGGUUACAAGAUCUUCAUUUCGAUAGCGUUGAUACUCGGCGAUGGCCUCUUCAACUUUGUCACAGUCAUGAUUUCCACAGCGAACUCAUUCCACAAGCAGUUAAAGAACAAGGACCCUGGCCUGGUUACCACCGCUUCUAAUGGUGGUGCAUCGUCGUCAUCGUCCAACAGGAACAUGAACUUCGAGGAUAGGCGGCGCAUUGAGUUCUUCAUGAAGGACGGCAUCCCGCUUCCUUACGCAAUCGCAGGCUACGUUGCCAUCAUGGCCAUUGCUACUCCUAUCCUCCCGAGAAUCUUUCCCCAGUUGAAAUGGUACUACAUCUUGGUGAUGUAUCUGAUCGCACCGGCGCUGGCUUUCUGCAACUCAUACGGCUGCGGGCUGACGGAUUGGAGCCUGGCGUCGACAUACGGGAAGCUCGCCAUCUUCGUGGUGGGGGCGUUGGCUGGGUCGAGCCACGGCGGGGUUCUGGCGGGGCUGGCGGGGUGCGGGGUCAUGAUGAGCAUCGUCUCCACCGCCUCCGACCUGAUGCAGGACUUCAAGACGGGCUACCUAACGCUGGCCUCCCCUCGCUCCAUGUUCGUGAGCCAGGUCGCCGGCACCGCCAUGGGCUGCGUCAUCGCCCCCAGCGUCUUCUGGCUCUUCCACAAGGCCUUCGACGUCGGCUCCCCCACCAGCGAGUACCAGGCUCCCUACGCCACACUCUACCGCAACAUCUCCAUCCUCGGCGUGGAGGGCUUACAAGGACUCCCCGCCCACUGCUUCCAGCUCUGCUGCGUCUUCUUCGUCGCAGCCGUCGUCUUGGACCUCCUCAAGUGCAGGUUGCUCCCGAAGAAGUGGGCUCAGUUCGUGCCCAUCCCCAUGGCCCUGGCCAUCCCCUUCUACGUCGGCGGCUACUUCGCCGUCGACAUGUGCAUAGGCAGCCUGAUACUGUACGCUUGGGAGAGGGUGAACAAGGCCAAGGCGCGGGCGCUGUCGCGGGCGGUGGCCUCCGGGCUGAUAUGCGGCGACGGCCUGUGGACGCUGCCGGCGUCGGUGCUGUCCCUCGCCAGGGUGGACCCUCCCAUGUGCAUGAAAUUUCUCUCCGCCGCCACCAACGCCCAAGUCGACAAAUUCCUCGCCGGCUGACCUUCUUCUCCUGCGAGAUCUUGAUAGUUCAGCGGUGUUGCAAAUAUUAGGACCACUUCGGGUGAGGGUUAUUUAAGAAAAACGAUACGUAUCAGCGAUACGUAUCGUUGUAGAUGAACAUGUACCAGCAUUUCAAAAUAGAAUAGAAACAAAAAGUUUUCUUUA